UAGAAUGCGUACAAGUGCUCCCGAGUCCUGACACCGUCUUCGUCUCCGAUCAGCGAUGGCGGCCACGAGAUCGCUCCAGCGCUGCCGCCAUCUCCUCUGCGCCCUAGCUUCUCCCUUCUCCGGCCUUCGUAUUCUUCUUUCAGAUUCUUUUCAGAUGCCAUUGCUCCCCAUUCAACCCCUCCGCCUCUUCCGACGCCCCCUCCAAUACCUUCCCCUGAGCCGAACAGUGGAAAUGGAGAUUAUGGCACCGUUUGCUCUUCUCUUAACGAGGCUGAAGUCGCCAAAUUCGCCGCCAUUUGCUGAAACAUGGUGGGAUUUUGAGGGACCAUUCAAGCCUCUGCAUCAGAUGAAUCCUACUCGAAUAUCUUUCAUUCGGUCAGCGCUCUGCCGUCAUUUCAGAAAAGACCCCUUUUGCGCACGGCCUUUUGAAGGGUUGAAAGUGAUUGAUGUUGGAUGUGGAGGUGGUAUUCUUUCAGAGCCUCUUGCUCGGAUGGGAGCAUCGGUAACAGGCAUUGAUGCUGUGGAAAAGAAUAUCAACAUUGCUCGCAUACAUGCUGAGUCAGACCCAUUGACUUCGUCUAUUGAAUACCGUUGCACAACAGCUGAGCAAUUGGUCAAGGAAAAUAAGAAGUUUGAUGCUGUUAUAGCUCUUGAGGUAAUUGAACAUGUUGCAGAUCCCUCUGAGUUCUGCAAAUCUUUGGCAGCAUUAACAGCUCCCAACGGGGCCACUGUUAUCUCUUCUAUUAGCCGCACUAUGAGGGCUUUUGCAACUGCUAUAGUUGCUGCAGAGUACCUCCUUAGAUGGCUUCCAAAGGGCACUCAUGAUUGGUCUAGUUUUCUUACUCCGGAGGAACUAGUCCUCAUUCUGCAAAGAACAUCCAUCUCUGUCAAAGAAAUGGCUGGAAUCUCCUACAAUCCUGUGACUGGGGAAUGGUCUCUUUCAGAUGAUAUUGGUGUAAAUUUUAUUGCUUAUGGUGCUAAAGAGGGUGAUGUACAGUAAUUUCAAUGCUGUUCAGUCUUAGUUUAUGUUGCUCUUUUUAGCCAUGUUUUUAACAUUCAGUUUUGUUUUUUUUUAUUUUAUGUUACUGUGUUGUUGGUGUUGAAAAGCAGGGAUGUUGUUAUCAAUGUUUCCUUCUUAAUUUC